CAGAAAUGGACCGUCCGCCCCCUUGGUUUCAACUCCUAAUCCCAACUCACCUCUGAAAGUGUGCCUUGGCUCACUAGACUCUGCAUCUGAACUUUGCAGUGCUGUGUUCACCCGGAUCUAUCAAGUCUGUAUCACACAGCGCGAUGGCACCUCUCCGUGGGCUUUCCGUGCUCGUUGCCACGCUGCCAUCCCUUGCGUGGGCAGUAUGUCCGGAAACGUCUCCUCCCUAUCUAGGUGUGGCCGUCUCGACAUGUUGUGCGGCCCUCGCAUCUUAUUUCCCUGACAGCACCUUCGCCCGGGAUAACUCGCAAUCCUCGACCUACUACCGAGAAAAGACUGCCUUCUGGUCCGCCACCGAAUGGCUUGACCCGACCUGCGUCUUCCUCCCCAGCUCCACCGAUGAAGUCUCUAUAGCCGUCUCCAUCUUCUCUGAAGAGGGAUGCCCUUUCGCGAUCCGCGGAGGAGGGCACAGCGCCAUCCGCGGCGCCGCCAACAUCGACAACGGCAUCCUCGUCAGCAUGAAGCGCAUCCGCGACAUCACUAUGUCUCCCGAUAAUAGCACCGUCACUAUCGGCAUGGGCCUUACCUGGUCAGAGGUUUACCCCGCUAUCGAGCCCCUCGGCUAUAUGGUCGUCGGCGGGCGCUUCGCUACCGUGGGCACCGGCCUCGCCCUCGGAGCAGGCUUCUCCUUCUUUGCCAACAGCCACGGCCUCGCCAUCGACAACGUCGCGGGCCACCGCGUGGUGCUCGGUAACGGCACUGUUGUGGACACCGAUGCGGAGCACCACCCGGAGCUGUAUUGGGCGCUUAAGGGCACGUCGAAUAACUUCGGCGUCGUUACGCACUUGACUCUGCAAACUGUCCCGCAUAGGGGCAUGUAUGGCGGACGGGUGACGUAUCCGCCGAGCGUCCUGCCGCAGCUGAAGAGACUCACGUAUCAGUAUCAGGUUGAGACGGCCGAGAGGGACAUCGACACACACGUGCUGCCAUCGUAUGUGUACGAUGGGGCUACGAAUACCACGUAUGGGUUUUCGCCUAUUGUGUACAACCAGGCCGUAGACGCGCUGCCGGAGUCGCUGCAGCCGUGGCUUGACGUGGAGCACGAUAACUCAACUAUCAAGAGCAACUCGUAUGUGGAUCUGGCUGAGGAGUUGGUCGCAGGGUUCCCGGACGGUCUCGUGCAAACGCACUUCACCUUCACCGUGUACCCAAACGAGUCGUACUUAAGCUACAUCCUCGACAAAUGGGUCGAGUUCUGCUCGAGCAUUUCCCACAUCGAAGGUCUAACUGGCCUGCAAACCGUCAUGCCCAUCUCAACGCUGGCUAUCGAGAAGUCCGGGAUAAACAACCCUCUCGGCCUCGACAGGGCCGAGCCAGGGAGGCCCCUGACAGUCUUCUACCUGGGCCUCCAGUUCAACAACGUGGAGGACAUCGACGAAGUCUUCCCGGCGUGGGGCGUGUUCAUCCGCACGAUGGAGGCAGAGGCCAAGCUCCAGGAUCUCUUGUUUCCUUAUAUCAUGUUGCCGUAUUCGGACGGGACCCAGCAGGCCAUUGCGUCGUAUGGAGAGAGGAACGUCAAGCGGCUGCAGGAGGUUCAGGAGCGGUACGACCCGGACCUCGUCUUCCAGAGGCUUGUCACGGGCGGGCAAAAGAUUCCCCUGAAUCCGCCUUCGUAAACGGGUCUCGAGGCCUUAGACUUUCAGCCUGGUCCCCUCCGGUGACGUGAAGGGACCAGGGUAGAAACUUCGCGUCGGACAGGGAACUGACCAAUGAAGAUCAUUUUGUAUAGAAUCUGGGCUACGCAUUAUUCACUUCUCUAUAUCCCAUUGUAAAACAAAAUUUACCCUCAAUAUAUUCGCUCUAUCAUUCACGG